CAUAUAUAUAUACAGUCAACGCUGAUAGUAACAUUUCGCUACGAGAUACCUCAAAUAACACUAUGGUGCACGAAUUGACGAACAAAGUGGUAGUCAUUACCGGGGCUGCAACUGGUAUUGGUGCACGAGUGGUCAGAAAAUUGGUUAAUGAAGAUAUAAAGCUUGCAGCUAUUUUAGAUAUAGCAGAAAAACAAGGCAUUGAACUUCAAAAUGAAUUAAAUGCCAAAUAUGGAAACAAAGUUAAAUAUAUUAAAUGCGACGCCACUAAAGAUGACCAGCUGUUUGCUGCAUUUGAAACGGUAAUUGGCGAGGGUGGAUCCAUUGAUGUUUUGAUAAACAAUGCAGGGAUACUAAAUGAUGCUUUAAACAGCUACAGACUACAAAUAGAUUUGAAUGUGAAAGCACUAAUAACGGGCACGCUUAAAGGGUUGGAGCUGAUGCGUAAAGAUCAAAAUGGAAAAGGUGGAGUUAUCAUCAAUAUGUCAUCUAUAGCGGCGUUGUGCCAGCUACCAGAAACUCCUAUUUAUUGUGCAACAAAAAGUGCAGUAUUGCAAUUCAGCAAUUGUAUUGGGAUGGACACUUUUUAUCAAGACACUGGUGUACGAGUGAUCGCAAUUUGCUUCGGUGCAACUGAUACACCACUUUUACAUCUAGAGAAUGUGGGAGCAUUCGACAAAAAAGCAAAGGAAUUAUUACCCAAUUUACUUAAAUCACUUCCUAUGCAAACUCCAGAUGAAGCUGCUGCUGGGGUAAUAGAAGUGAUUAAGAAGGGGGACAGCGGCAGCACAUGGCUGAUAAGCAGAGGUAGACCAGCGGAGGAUAUCACGAGUACAGUGAAAAAGGCUUACGAAAUACUUACUACCCUUAUAUUUAAAUAAAAUUUCUAAUGUUAUAAACAUUUUGCCUGUACACAGUUAUAUUAAUCUAUUAAAGUUUUGUUGCUGAA